AUGGCUUUACAAAACAAUAGCUUCCAUGGCGAUAUCCCACCACAGAUAGGCAACUUGUUUCGGCUCCGUCUUUUAAUUCUUAGUAACAACUCAUUUAGUGGGCCAAUACCAUCCAACCUUUCUCAUUGCUCGAACCUCGAGACCCUACAUCUCAUGUAUAACCAACUUGUGGGGAGAAUUCAUUCCAAUCUUGGUUUUUUACCAAGGCUUAAAGUGUUCAACUUGGGUACAAACAAUCUUGUAGGUUCUAUUCCUCCUUCGAUUGGAAAUCUCUCGCUGCUUGAACAGCUCUCCUUGGCACGAAAUGCAUUGUGCGGAGAAAUACCUGCGGAAUUGUCCAAACUCGAGAGGUUGUUAUAUUUGCGAGUAUCAUCCAACAAACUAACUGGCGAAAUUUCACCAGGGAUUUUUAACAUCUCCAGCAUUACAAUCUUUGAUGUUGGUUGGAACCAACUACGGGGAAGUUUUCCCUUUGAUUUCGGCACCACUAUUCCUUCUCUCCGUGGCCUUGGGGCCGCCUCUAACUUGUUCACUGGGACGGUUCCGUCAUCGUUAACGAAUGCCACUGGUCUUCAAAAAAUUUUCCUUUACAACAACAGUUUCCAAGGGCCAAUACCAAAAAAUCUAGGAAGGCUAAAGGGCCUUCGCGUAAUUUCGUUGGCUAUUAACCAGCUGCAGGAUGACUUAAGUUUUACUUCUUCUUUAGCUAAUUGUUCCAACUUAGAAAUUCUCUCAUUGGGCUCAAACUUGAUUCACGGAUCGUUGUCAACAUCCAUCUCCAAUCUCUCCACCAGCAUUGAGCGAAUUUAUAUGUUAAACAAUCAGAUCCAAGGAACCAUUCCUUCAGCCCUCGGAAAUCUCUUCAACUUGUCUAUCUUGACUUUAGCUGAUAAUUUUCUAACUGAUCACAUUCCUGAUUCCAUCGGAGCACUAUACAGUUUGCAAGGACUUGAUAUAAGUGGAAACAUGUUUACUGGAGAGAUACCAUCUUCAAUUGGUAACAUGACAUCAUUAUAUCGCCUUGACCUUAGCUCCAACAAUUUCCAAGGCUACAUACCGCAAAGUCUUGGCAACUGCAAGAAACUGAUUGGGUUCGAUCUUUCAAACAAUAACCUAGUUGGCUCAAUUCCAAUUGAAGUCAUGGGGCUUUCUUCCUUGUCGAUCCUCUUUAGUUUAGCACAUAAUAAUUUAAGUGGAUCUCUUCCAUUACGAGUUGGCUCUUUAAUAAAUCUUAAAGAAUUAGAUCUGUCUUACAACAAAUUGACUGGCUUAAUUCCAACCUCCAUCGGCAAGUGCUUGAAAUUGGAAUGGCUUCACUUAGAAGCUAAUUCCUUUUAUGGUCAAAUCCCCCAAGCUUUACAUCCAUUACGGGGUCUAGAAUACCUGGAUCUUUCCAAUAAUGAUUUUUCUGGUCCAAUCCCAAGCUUUCUCGAAGAGCUCUCACUGCUCAAGUACUUGAAUUUGUCCUUCAAUGAACUAGAAGGACAAGUUCCAAAGGGUGGAGUUUUUCUUAAUGCAAGUGCUGUAUCGAUUUCUGGAAAUAGAGAAUUAUGUGGAGGUGUUAUGGGUCUAAACCUUCCUCUUUGCAAAUCACCAAGCUCUAAGAAGUCUUCUUCAACCAAGGUCAUAGUAAUAUCGGUGGUAGCCAGUAGUUUGUUAUGUUUCGUUUUGUUGCUCCUAUGUCUGUCUAUCUUCUACCACAAAAAAAAGCAGACAACAACCAAUGCCUCCACUUCAUUAUCCUUCGAGCAUCAAUUCUUGAGGAUUUCUUAUGAACUACUCUUGAGAGCUACGAACAGAUUCUCCGAGACCAAUUUGAUUGGUAAAGGAAGAUAUGGUAUAGUUUAUAAAGGGAUUCUUGAUGGUGGUGCCAUGGUGGCAGUGAAGGUGCUCAAUUUAACACAAAGAGGUGCUUCGAGGAGCUUUGUCACAGAAUGUCAGACUCUAGGAGCCAUUAGGCACCGAAACCUCAUUAAGAUACUAAGCAUAUGUUCAAGCAUGGACUUUUGUGGCAAUGACUUCAAAGCUCUUAUAUACGAGUUCAUGGCUAAUAAGAGCUUGGAGGAGUGGCUGCACCCUAAUACUGAAGGACAAGAUGAUGAGCAUGGCGAAUUGAUAAAUCUGAGGCUAGUGCAGAGAUUAAACAUCGCCAUUGACAUAGCUAUUGCCAUUGAAUAUCUCCACAAGGGUUGUUUUCCACCAAUCAUCCAUGGAGAUUUGAAGCCGAGUAAUGUUCUUCUGGACAACAACAUGGUGGCUCGAGUUGGAGAUUUUGGGCUUGCAAAGAUCAUUACCAUGGUUUCAGAAUAUGGCAUGGGACAUAAGGUUUCUACACUUGGGGAUGCAUAUAGUUACGGCAUUUUAAUAUUGGAGAUGUUCACUGGGAGGAGACCCACUGAAGAGACCUUCGGGCUUGAUCUUAACCUUCAUAGCUUUGUUCAAGCGGCUUUUCCCGAUCGAGUAAUGGACAUCGUAGACUUAAGGCUUUGGAGUGAAGCUGGUGAUCGACAACAAGAGAUUAAGAUCAGAGAUUGCAUUAUCUCCGUAUUCAAAGUUGGAGUCGCAUGUUCGAUGGAAUCAUCUUCGGAUCGAAUGGACAUGACCGAGGCAAUUGGGAAAUUACACUUGAUCAAGGCGAGUUAUGAAACCAAAGAGAGGAGGAUAGUUAUGUAG